AUGCCAAGACCUGGGCCACGGCCAUAUGAGUGUGUUAGAAGAGCUUGGCACAGUGACACACACCAUCGCAUUAGAGGUUCUCUAAUUCAAGAAAUCUUCAGGAUUGUGAAUGAGGUUCAUGGUUCUGCUACUAAGAAGAACAAAGAGUGGCAAGAGAAUCUGCCCAUUGUGGUCUUGAAAGCUGAAGAAAUUAUGUAUUCCAAAGCCAAUUCUGAGGCUGAGUAUUCAGAUCUUAAAACUCUUUGGCAUAGAGUAAAUGAUGCUAUUGACACUAUAAUUCGAAGAGACGAGAGUUCGGAAACUGGGGAACUUUUGCAGCCUUGUAUUGAAGCUGCUCUAUAUUUGGGCUGCACUCCAAGAAGGUCAUCCAGAAGUCAGCGAAAUGACACGCCUAGAUAUUACCUUAGGCCUGAUACUCCAGACGCCACCUCUGUUCCACCGAGCAAUUUGGACAGCAAACUUCUUGGCAAUUAUACAUCGAAAAGCCAACUGAUGUUACAGUAUUCGAAACUUAUGACCUCCACUGCCAUGAAUUCCGCAUUUUCCAGCACGAAUGUUGACAGUUUAUGUGUCCGAAACAGAGAUUGUAAUAGCAUGAAAUUUCCCAUUUUACCGAAGAAUUUGAUUCCCAGCAGUAACCACCGAAGUGCGCCAGUACAAACUUCGUGGCCAGUUUAUCCAUUGUAUUAUGCAGAUCAAUUUCAGUUUGAAGACCCAAAGCUUAGUCUAAAGAUGCCUUCCAAUUCUUAUUCUCACCCCUCAGAGAAUGAUAUCAGUGCCAUACAAAAACAUUCCUCUUGUAAACAAGAUCCUCCAAACGUUAAUUUACCGCUCGAACUCAAUUCUAUCAACCCUUCUGAAAGUCCAUGUGAUUUGUCAUUGCGAUUGGGUUCUCCAGCUGUUUCAUGCACAAGUAUGGAGAAUGGUUGUCCCCAAGAAGAGGAAAAUGGUAAUUUGGGAAAUACUCGAGAGGGAAGAAGCAAGUUAAGCGAGGAUUUCUCGUUCUUGAUUCAGACUAAGAACAAGCAAGUUCGUUGGCAGUUGAGCCUCAAUUCAGUGAACGAAUGA